GUUCGGCCUUUAUAUACCUCUGAAUGGGCUGCUUCUCUUUGCGGUGUUCGCAAAGUCUUCUAUUGUUUUAUCACAUACUCGGCUUGUCUACCACUUGUUGGCAGCAUUAUCGUGUUGUUUCUUCAUAGUUGAAGAGUAUUUUAUUUUUGUUUUUCUGAAGAGAUCGUCUAAGAGUUCAAGAUGCCUUUCAGGUCUCGUUGGCAGACGGAUAUCCCGGAUGCGCAUUUAGCAUCUCUGCUGUUCACGUCGCCCACUCACCCCUUGUCUAAGACACACAGGUGCUUUUCUGAAGCGGCCCGUCCCGACACCCAUUACUUCACCACCCAUGAUUUCCGACUAUGGUGUCAACGCUUCGCAGCAGGAUUGCGGAAAGCCGGUCUCCAGACCGGAGAUCGGGUCUUGCUCUUCUCGGGCAACGAUCUCUUCUUCCCGGUCGCCUUUUUGGGGAUUAUCAUGGCGGGAGGGAUCUUCUCUGGGGCUAACCCCACCUAUGUUGCGAGGGAACUGGCAUACCAGCUACAGGAUAGCGGUGCGAUGUAUCUCCUUUGCGCUGAAGGCAGCCUCGACACGGGUAUUGAGGCUGCGCAGGUAGCAGGCUUGAGUCGGGACCAGGUGUUUGUGUUUGACAAUGCCAUUUUCGAUAAACAGGGAGAGGGUAAGAAGGGUUGUCGCUAUUGGGGUGAGCUGGUGGCGUCCGUGGAGGAAGGAAGCCGGUUUGUAUGGGACGAUUUGGCGACCCCGGAGGAGGCCAACCGUACCCUUGCCCUUAACUAUUCCAGUGGAACAACGGGGAGGCCUAAGGGGGUGGAGAUCACUCAUAAGAAUUAUUGUGCGAACAUGCUCCAGGCUAGCUAUUCAUUCUAUUUGAAUCCGGACUGGAGGGAAAGGCAGGCCAGGGCUCGGUGGCUCUGUUUCCUGCCGAUGUACCAUGCGAUGGCCCAGAACAUUCUGAUUGCAAGUGCUCUGCACCGUGGGACUCCUGUGUACAUUAUGCCCAAGUUCGACUUCCUCAAGAUGCUGGAAUAUACGGAAAAGUUCCGCAUCUCGGACCUUCUUUUGGUACCACCCAUAAUGGUUGCUCUAGCCAAGCAUCCCGCAGUUAAAAGCGGCAAAUAUGACCUCAGUAGCGUCGAGGCCAUUAACAGCGGCGCAGCGCCAUUGGGAAGGGAAAUCUGUGAGGAAGUGGAGGCGCUCUGGGAACCUGGACGGAUCAACGUGAAACAAGGCUGGGGGAUGACCGAAACCACAUGCUCAAUAAUGGGCUGGAAUCCUACUGACAUCAGUCACACGGCGUCAGUUGGAGAGCUGAACCCCAAUUGUGAGGCGAAGAUUAUGGCUGACGACGGGGUUACCGAGUUGGGGCGCAACCAACGGGGUGAACUCUGGGUCCGGGCGCCGAAUAUCAUGAAGGGCUACUGGCGAAAUCCACAAGCCACGAAGGAGACCAAGACGGACGAUGGAUGGCUGAAAACGGGGGAUAUCGCGUACAUUGACGACGAGGGGAAAUUCUACGUAGUGGACCGAAAGAAGGAGCUGAUCAAAGUGAAAGGCAAUCAAGUCGCACCGGCAGAGUUAGAGGCCCUCUUGUUGGAGCAUCCUGCAGUGGCUGAUGCUGCAGUUAUUGGAGUCCCAAUGAAUGAUGAUGAGCGCCCUCGGGCGUAUAUAGUGUUGAAGCCUGGACAGAGCGCCUCGGCGCAGGACCUUAUCGCAUUCGUGGACGGGAAGGUCUCCGCUAUCAAGAGGAUCACUGGCGGGGUAGUGUUUGUUGAUGCGAUCCCAAAAAACCCUUCAGGGAAGAUCUUGCGAAAGGUGCUUCGAGACCGCGCUAGAGAGGAGCUGGCCCCAAAGCCGAGUAUCACCGCAAAGCUAUAGGUCACAACUCUCCGUUUGCCUCUUUUACCUCUUAGUUUUUCGCCCCGACUCGGUCUAAUGUAAGUCUAAGCUUCCAUAACCUGAUUGGUGGGGCAGCCGACUUUUAGCAGCAUGCAUUGAAGAGGACCUGGUUGUUGGGUCAAACGGGGGAGGAAUGCUCAAUGAUAUACUUGAUAGAACAAUCCGAGUGGAUCAAGGUUG